AUGCAAGCUGCUGAUCUUCCACAGCAUUUUUUACAACAUGACGACGUCGAAGAAAUAGUUGAAUAUGUUGAAGCUGUGGAUGAAACAGGCGAGGCAGUCCAUUAUGAAGAAUGGUCCGGUCAAGACCUAAAAGAUGACAUAAAUAUCAAACAGGAAAUAAUUCCCGGAUACGUCGAGGAUGAUGCACAAUAUUUCGAACAGGAAUAUGAAGAAAUGUUCGAAGAAGAAAUUGACGUUGAUGAAACAUUCGCUAGUCAGUUUGAAGAAGCUCCCAGCUAUAACGAUCCUUAUAUAGAAUUUCACGACUCAACAGCCUCAAGUUCUAAAAAGUUGACCAUUGUAGAAUGUGAAAUAUGCGGUUCAAUAAUUAAACAUCCUUCGAAAAUUCAGGCUCAUAUGCGAACUCACACAGGGGAAAAACCUUUUCAAUGCGAUAUCUGUGGUAUGCGAUUCACUCAAAAGACUCCUAUGGUAAAUCAUUACAGAAAACAUGUAGGAGAUAUGCCGUAUGUUUGCGGAUUUGGUUGUGGUAAACGUUUCGUUAAUAAUGCUCGUAAAAAUGCUCAUGAAUUGAGACAUCAGGGAAUGAAAAGACAAGGUCCGCCAAGGCCUUACCUCAAGCCGCCUCGGCGAAAAAUAGGCACAGAAGUCAGUAAUACGACUAAGAUUGAAGCAAGUAGAUAUGAAAGAGCACCAGAAGAGCGAUGUUCUAUGAUCGAUUGGUAUCCUCCUUUUGGACAGUUGGAGCAACCUAUGUCAGCGGCUUCGAGUAAAAGGCUGGAUGAAGUUAUUGAAGCUGUCGCAUCAGGGGUUUCGAUCCCUACUCAAAAGCAAGCCAACACUAGAGCCUCCGUAAUUGCUCAAUGUCAUAUUUGUGGUUUGAUGGUGAAAUAUCCUAGUAAAAUUCAGGCACAUAUGAGAACUCACACAGGCGAGAAGCCUUUUGAAUGUAAGGAAUGUGGAGCUCGGUUUGCUACAGCAUCGCCAUUAAAAAUGCAUAUGAAAAGAAAGCAUCUAGAAGAACGAAAAAUUCCGUGUUCUUGGGAAUGCGGAAGAAUGUUUGUGAGUAUAGGAGCAAGAAACGAGCACGAGCGCAUAGUUCAUGCAGGAAUAAAGAGAUACGAGUGUACCGCUCCAGGCUGCCGAAAAAUGUUUACCAGACGACAGUAUUUGAUGCUUCAUCGAAUGAAAGAUCAUCAUAUGUAUGCACCUGUUUUUGAUCCGAAUGAGAUAAUCCGAGCAGAAGUAGAAGAUCAGAAUGCUUCAACUAUGAUUCACGGAGAUAAUGGAGAUUAUAUAACGGAGUAUACAGAGGAUGAUCAGUUUGAACAGGACAUGGUAGACAUUAGUGAGAAUGGGUUGCUACUUGUUACCCAGGAUACCUCAAACGAUUCUGAUUAUGUGGUGGUAGAAGGAGAACAAGUUCAUGAAGAGAACGAGUUGUUUGUUAAAGUUGAGGAUAGUCCCCAAAAACCUACCGCAGAUACAGAAAUGAUGAGAUCAGAUGAUGCAUUGUUGAAAGAAACAAGUUUAACCAAACAUUUAGAAGAAACAGUAAAGCAUGUGUUAGUGCCGGGGAAAGACGAUCAAGGACGGGUUAUAUCAGUUCGAAUUUUAAAAAGAAGCUCUAAGAAACCAGAAAUCAUGUCGUUGGCCUGCAAUUUGUGCCCGUUUAGGUGCUAUACAAGGGAUGUGUCGACUUUAGUUGAUGAAGCCAAUAACUUUUGCUGCAUAGAUAGAUGUUCUUCGUUUUUCAACAGUCCCUCGAACUUUUGGGAGCAUCUUCACAUUAAGCAUGGAGCUUUCAAAUGUAACCAUUGUGGGAAAAUAGCUUUACGCAUGUUACCAACUAACGCAAACAUCAAUAUGCCUUCAUCUUCUAACGAUUCUGAAAAAACAUCUGUAAACAAGAAAAGAAAAAUUGAAGUCUCAGUAGCAGGACCUUCUAACCCUGCAGCUAUUGUUAGAACCCUUCAAAAUUUCACUGAAGCUGGGCCGUCGGGGCUUCCAGAAGUACCAAAGAAGAUUCGACGGUUUCAUGAUUUGCUUAUGGAAGGACACAAGGUUUGGGAUUUUACAACAUAUGAACAGCUGAAAUCCUAUCUCAACGAGAAAAGUGACGAUAGUAUCAUAGCUAUGCUAGUUAGGUCUGAGUUAUUAGUAUCUAAAAGAUCUUGUAACAAGUGUGGAAACCCUAUGAAGUUGAGAUCAAGGCUAGGAUCAUAUGUAAAGAACAAUCCAACAGUAGAGUGGAGAUGCAGAAAUAACAAUAAUGGCAAGAAAAGAGACUGUUCCACUCAAUCUUGCCGAAAUGGCUCCUUUUUUGCUUCAUCAAAUAGUAGUUUGCAGACUCAGGUAGAGACUUUAUUCCAAUUGAAAGACAAUUUUAUUACUCUUGAUGGAACAGUAGUUAGUUUUUCGAGUAGUCCUCUGGUUAAGCAGUUUUCUGAUAUUUGGAUCAAGUUCCUCGAUCUCCAUAAUAGGGAAGAGCGCAUUGGCAAUAUGGGAAUGCUGGUAGACUUUUUCUCUUUCCCUGCACCUCAACCAUCAAACGAUGAACAUAUUAUUGUCAUGGUUGAACGAAAAUUCAAUGGUAGAGCAGCAGCUAGAGUUAUACAUGGCGAUCCACGCUCGUAUUCUCAGCUCAACGAAUUUUUGUCCGAGAAAAUGAUGGAUGGAUCAUACAUAGUUCUAGACGAAAGCCAAUCAUAUUACUCGGACUUGAUCCAUAGAUGCCGAACAAUAACCUCUUCAGUUAUCAAUAGUCCGCAAUUUCAAUCAUCACAUGGAGAUGCUGCUCUUCCAUCGUAUAUUCAACAAUGUCAAUUUCUGAUAACAACACUUUUGAAUACUCCUUAUAGAUGUCCCAUGACAGAAAUAGUUCAAGAAUCUAUUAUAAAAUUCAAUAAUAGGGACAGUCUCACUAAAGUGUUUUGGUCACUUUUAUCCGUAGACGGAAAUGUGUUCUUCACCAAAUCUAGGAAAACGUGA